GUUGGGGGGCGGAGGGGAAGUCGAAGAGUCGGGCUUCGGACUUGUUGACUCCGAGAUCCCUGGGGUGGAAAUGGCCUGGAGGCAGGAGAAGGAGCGAGGUGGGACAGCGAGGGCGAGGUGGCGGCUGGAGAGGAAGCAGACACCGGGACGAUGGCGACCAGUGUCUUCGAAAACCCGACGGUCACCGCCUUUACGGUGGACUUGGACUAUGACUUUCACUGGAACGACCUCGAGCCUACGAGGUCGCUCUCGGCGAUUAACGUGGUGGGGCUGACCAUCUACGCCUUGGUCUUCCUGGUGGGAGUGCCGGGCAACGCGGCCGUGGCCUGGGUGACCGGGGCCGAGGCGCGCCGGACGGUCAACGCCGUGUGGUUCCUGCACCUGUCGGUGGCUGACCUCCUGUGCUGCCUGUCCCUGCCCCUCGUGGCCGUGCCCCUGCUGAGGGACGGCGACUGGCCGCUGGGGGACUUCGCCUGCCGCUUGGUGCCCUCCCUGAUCCUGCUCAACAUGUUCGCCAGCGUGCUGCUGCUGACCGCCAUCAGCGCCGACCGUUGCGCCCUGGCGCUGCGCCCCGUCUGGUGCCAGAACCACCGGAGCUCGCGAAUGGCCUGGGCCGUGUGCGGGGCCUCUUGGGUCUUGGCCCUGUUGCUGACCGUCCCGUCCUUCAUCUACCGCACCAUCCACGUGGAGUACUACCCGUCGCGCACCGAGUGCGUGCAGGACUAUGGCGGGAACACCGGGACCGAGAACGCCGUGGCGGCCGUGCGCUUCACCGCCGGCUUCCUGGUGCCCCUGGCCGUCAUCAGCAGCUGCUACGGGGUGCUGCUGGUGAGGGUCUGGGGUCGCCGGGCCACGCGCUCCCCCAAGACGGUCAAGGUGGUCGUGGCCGUGGUGGUCGGCUUCUUCCUCUGCUGGUGCCCCUACCAGGUCAACGGACUGCUGCUGGCCAGCACGAAGCCGUUGUCGGAGCUGCACGAGCGGGCCUUGGCGGUCGACAGCCUCACCGUGUCCAUCGCCUACAUCAACAGCUGCCUCAACCCGGUCAUCUACGUGGUGGCCGGCCGGGGCUUCCAACACCGCUUCCGCCGCUCCCUGCGCUCGGUGCUCUGGCGAGCCCUGGCCGAGGACUCCGUGGGACGUGACAGCAAGUCCAUCACGCGCUCCACGGUGGACGAGAAGAGCGUGGGCCUGUGAGGGGCUCGCCCGUCCACUCCCGGGGACUCUUUGCUCCUCCCCGCCCUCGACCUCUGCCCCCGAGAGGGUGCGGUGGGACAGGCGGAGAAGCGGGCCGCUCCGGGCCCUGGGAUCUACAGGUCACUCGCGUGAUUCCAUCCCGGUUGUAACGGCCCAGUUUCUCCUCCCACUCCAGUUUCUGUCCAUCUCCUUCAGACGCCCCCCUCCCCCGGCCUCCAAAGCCUCACCGGCCUUCUCCUCCCUUCACCAUCCCCCUUGGAUCCUCGGCCUCUCCCAGUUGCCACCUGCCCUUCCGCCAUCGCCCUCCUCGACGCCCACCACACCUCUCUGGUCCUCGUUUCCCUCCCCUCUCCCGUCUCCAUCCCCCCCGUCGACCCUCAUCUCGUGCCCCGCUGGAGCCCCUCUUCCGCCUAAUCCUUCCAGCCCCUCUUUGGUCCUUAAUUUCCGAUUUCUCGUCCCCUGGAGGCCGGUUCAUUUCGGGAGGGGAAAGGCCGGGCUGUGGGGGGAAAAAUGCAAGGGGGGAGGGCGUUUUCACUCUUUCAUUAAAAUCGGAGACAUGAGA